GUUUCAGCGAUCAAUCAACACAGGUUUACGAUAGGUCCGGGCCACACUGCCAGCGACUAAUCGUGCCUGUGCAGAGGCAAAUUUAAACGCUGGAAGAUUGAACUGAACACAGACUGGUGCUAGCUAAAAUAAACUCUAGACUCGAGAUAGCGAACUGAAUCGUCAACGAUGGCCUCCGACGCGGGGGGCAUUACCCCCCAAAGGUUACUGGAGGCUUUAAGUGAAAUGAAACUGAGUCGACGUCGGAGCAGAAAAGGGGGGAAGGAGAACCUGUACGGGACAUCGCAGAAGAACUUCAGUCUCACCCCUCGAACGCGCCCCGUUACACCCCUGAUUUCAAGGGCCCAGGCGAAUCUAAUGACGUCAAGCACAGAGGCCUGUCGUAGGUUAUCGGAAAAGGCUGUCAGUCCAAACCUUGCCAAUCUGAGAAUGACUCCAGGCCCCAGUUUGCAGGAGAGACAGAAACAGCUGCAGGAGAAACACCAGCAAGCUAAAGAGAGUCUCGACCGACUGGCGGUGGGAGGCGGGGUCAGCCUGUGGCCGGAGAUGGACCGCAUGCGUCUGACCGUGCAGGAGGGUGCUGUGUUGGGACUGGGCUGCCUGACCGUGUCCUUCAGCGUUUUCCUCAUCUUCAAAUGUUUACACGGCUCAUUGCUGCUCAGUGUGCAUCGGUACACGGCGGCAGUGAGCGGCUUCAGCGCGGCACACCCGGUCUCCCUCGGGUCCCAGAGUGCACUCAACCACAGCCUCCUCGCCUGGCACUCCCACUUACUCCACCUGCAGGACCGCAUAAAGAAGCAGUUUGAGACUCAGCUGCUGCAGACGCACGGUACUUAUCAGCUCUACCUGCUGCUGUACAUCGGUGCGAUAGGCACUCUGCUCUACUACCUGGCAGAUAACGUUAUCCAGAAGAGCCGUCUCACCCCGAGAAGGAUAAAGAUGUGGGUUCUGCUGUUGGUCGCCACGGCUACCUGGACCCUCUUGAUGCUGCAGCUGCUGGUGUGGUAUCAGCGACUGGAGAGCAUCAUCGAGGAGACGGUCCACAAGUUUCAGGACGAGCUGGCUCAUCUUGCAACUUUGGACCUGGACCUGAGAAUGUACCACAACAUCGCCACCUACUGGCGAGGAAGGUGUUUGCCACCCCUGAGCAGGGGAACGCUGACCAUUUUUGGGGUGCUCCCGGUGCGGGACGUGUUCUUCUACCUGCAGUACUACAGCGUGCCUGUCCUCACUGCCCUGUGUACCCCUGUGCUAAAACUGCUGCUUGCUCUGAAGGAGAUGUAUAUGGACCUCCCAUCCCAUAGAGAGGUUACUCCCCCCGAACUGAGGAAAGGACAUACAACAGGAGAGACCAUGUACCCAGAAAUGAUGGGGGGGAACAAGUCAGAGUGAGAGACACCAUUCCCCCUGACCUUUGGAGGGUUUUUUUUUUUUUUCAAUAUAACCUACAAAUAGUAUGGUUCCUGGUUUUGUGGUGUGUGGUUGAGAUGUUU